UGCGCAUGGCUGUUGGCGUCCUCCCUGCCUCUCCUGCAGUUGCUGUAACCGAUUUGAGUAUCCCGAGGUGGUUGCGCGCGGAGCCGCGAUGGGUCAGCGGGGCGGGGCGGACCCUCGGGGUGCAGUUUAAGUGAUCCAUAGAAGAGAGCACAUUUUUAAUUACUGUGUAAGAAGAUUGGUGAAUGGGUGUUGUGCUGAUCUUCAGCCAUGGCCCACCUGAGGGAAUUUGCCAACCAGCACUCUCGGGUUGAUCCAGAGGAACUGUUUACAAAGCUGGAGAGGAUCGGUAAAGGCUCAUUUGGGGAAGUGUACAAAGGAAUUGACAACCGUACCAAGGAAGUGGUAGCUAUCAAGAUAAUUGACCUAGAGGAGGCAGAGGAUGAGAUUGAAGACAUCCAGCAGGAGAUAACGGUGCUCAGUCAGUGUGACAGUCCCUACAUCACCCGCUAUUACGGUUCCUACUUGAAGGGCACCAAGCUUUGGAUAAUCAUGGAGUACUUGGGAGGUGGCUCAGCACUGGAUCUACUCAAGCCUGGACCUUUGGAAGAGACCUACAUUGCCACCAUUCUCCGAGAAAUUCUAAAGGGUUUGGACUAUCUUCACUCUGAGAGGAAAAUCCACAGAGACAUCAAAGCUGCUAACGUGCUACUUUCAGAGCAAGGCGAUGUGAAACUAGCUGACUUUGGUGUGGCUGGCCAACUGACAGAUACCCAAAUCAAGAGGAAUACCUUUGUUGGGACUCCUUUUUGGAUGGCACCUGAAGUCAUCAAGCAGUCAGCCUAUGACUUUAAGGCAGAUAUUUGGUCCCUUGGAAUAACUGCUAUUGAACUGGCAAAGGGAGAGCCUCCAAACUCUGACCUGCAUCCUAUGAGAGUUCUCUUCCUGAUUCCCAAGAAUAACCCCCCAACGCUAGAGGGACACCACAGUAAGCCCUUUAAGGAAUUUGUGGAAGCCUGCCUUAACAAGGACCCCAGAUUUAGACCCACUGCAAAGGAAUUGCUAAAGCACAAGUUUAUCACACGUUACACCAAGAAAACAUCAUUUCUCAUGGAGCUCAUUGACCGGUACAAACGCUGGAAGUCAGAGGGGCAUGGUGAGGAUUCAAGCUCAGAUGACUCUGACAUUGAUGGAGACGCAGAUGAGAGAGAUCAAGGGCCAAUCUGGACUUUCCCACCAACCAUUCGUCCCAAUUCCUUGAAUAAGCUGCACAAAGGGAUGUCUCAUCAUGGGUCCCAAAAGCCUGCUGAGCCUAUCAAGCGGCAACCACGGUCUCAGUGUCUCUCUACUCUUGUACGUCCUGUCUUCGGAGAGCUCAAAGACAAGCACAAGAACACUGGAGGCAACGUGGGAGCCAUGGAGGAACUGGAGAAUGCCUUUAGCUUAGCUGAGGAGUCUUGUCCAGGAAUCUCUGACAAACUAAUUGCACACAUGGUAGAGCGAGUGCAAAGGUUCUCACACAGCAGGAACCACCUGACUUCAGCACGCUGAGGCAUCAUCUUUGUUACUCAUUGAAAGGAGGGUGACUUUUCCCACCCCAGCUCCAUAAGAACUGCAUAUUGAAUCCAUCGCCAUCUGCUGUUGGAUGUUAACAUUGUGCUAUGGAUUCCCAGACAUUUCAGAGCCUUUGUGUGUGUUUCAUGACCACCCUGGAUGGGAUUUACAACACAAAUGAACAUGGACUACUUUGCAGAGCCCUAGGAGGGUAAUUUCUACAGUGUACUUCAUGGAGGUUUUUAAUUAUAUCCCAAUUUCUCUCAGGUCAGACCUUGUUCAAAGAAAAAUCCUGACUGCUGGAAAAUGGAAAUUCAGAUAAACACAUUCCAAAAGGGAAAAGGUGGGACUGUGUAGCUCCCUGCUUUGGCAAGAGGUAUGUGUGAACAUGUUCAUCAGCAAGGAGGGAUUAUCACUACUCAAUUAGGUGGGCAUAUGCUGGUGCUACUCAACAAGAUUUUUGCUUAAGAGUUUCUCCUCAACUGUUAGAACAAGAUUGGCCUAACAGUUGCUGAGACAGGUGAAGCUUGCCUUCUCCUUCUCCUGUCUGUCUACUUGCCUUUUGUGAGGUAGGUUUGACUGCUGCUUGCAUUCUGCACUUAGCCCAUGUUUCACCAGCAACAGCUUGGAAAAGAUGUGCUCCUACUCAAUCAAGGCCUUUUGCUGCUACUUAUUAUCUUGAGUGUGAACACUCAGUAUCAUGGAUACAUUCAUAUCCAAUUCAAAUAGUUUAUCAAGAGUAUUAUGCACUUGCUAAAGAGGGAGAGAAGCUAAAUGCUUAACUACACUUACAGUGUAAAAGGAUUGUGGUAUACUCCAAGUCUUCAAACUUUUUGGAAGUUUGCUGUUCUCUGAAAUGUGACUGCAAUUCAGUUAAAUUUAAAUACAUGUGUGGUGCCAACAGCUGGAGGAAGUUGUAGGUGAUGUUUCUAAAACUUAUCCUGUCUCUUCUGAACUGUUCAUUCUAUUGUGGACUUGAACAGUACUUCUGCCCAAUUUAUUUAUGGCCAUUAUCUCUGGUUCUGGCUGAGAAGUAGCCUAUAAAUACCGUAAGCAUUUGAGACUUCCAACUAGUUCUUCCUCUUCAAGAAAGGAAGGUCUAAAGUAGUCACACAAAUUGACAGUAGUCAUAUUGAAGAGUCACUUCCUAAAUGUGUAAAACCAUUUAGUCAUUGACAGUGGUAUGGAUUUAUUCUUUUGAUAAGAGUUCAGGGGUGGAGGUGGAACUGCCUAUUCUACAUACCCUUGCAAGUAAUGUUAGGGGGAAAGUAAUGGAAAUGCUCUUUUCUUGGUAUUCAUACUUUACGUCUUCAGAGCUGCAGUUGCUGCAUUCUCAGUUUUGCUCAUGGAUAGCUGGGUUGAGAACAUGGGCAGGAAUAUGAAGAAUCCAUUUUCCUUUACCAUUAUCCUCCAGGACUGCUUACGAAACAUAUGGGAAUGAUGUAGAAAGGAAAACAGGAAGCUGUGAAGCUGCUACUUUGUGCUGUUCAUAAAAGGUACCUUGCAUUUAACUCACAAUUAAUCACCAGUAAAGCUCCCACAGUGUCUAUUCAAAACAACAGUGUCUUAGUUUUUCAAAUGAGCAGUGAGAGGGAUCUGCCACUUUCAAUAAAACUAACUUGUCAAGUAAA